GAUCCUCGCGUUCGAGUCGUGAAGGCACCUUCUAAGCAGUCAAUCAAACAAGUCACAAACUCGACUCUCAAGACCAAUCCGCCAAGAUGUCUUACAACAAGCCCGAGAAGGACUUCGGCGAGGCCCCGAAGGUCCACAAGAUCCGCAUCACCCUGACCUCGCGCAAGGUGCAGGCUCUCGAGAAGGUCUGUCAGGAACUGAUCGAGCGCGCCAAGAACAAGGACCUCCGCGUCAAGGGCCCCGUCCGCCUGCCCACCAAGAUCCUCAAGAUCACCACCCGCAAGACCCCCUGCGGUGAGGGUUCCAAGACCUGGGACUCGUACGAGAUGCGCAUCCACAAGCGCCUCAUCGACCUGACUGCGCCGACCGAGAUUGUCAAGCAGAUCAUCAUCAACAUUGAGGCUGGUGUCGAGGUUGAGGUUACGAUUGCUGCUUAAAGAAGGUAGACGAGUGGUACAAACGCCAAAAAAAAAAAAAUUAAACGCGGCCCUCGCGAAGGCGCAAGCUUUCGGGAGUUACUCCCAGGCAUCUGAGCUUCACUGCGUGCUAGCAGCAUGCUGCGGUGACAAAAUGCAAUUCGCUGGUCCCGGUCAACGUGACCCAACCCCGUUUUGGUGAAUGUUCAUUGGCCCGGGGAAUACAUGAC